CAGAAGAGGAAGAGGGGAGUACCAAUCUUGCCCACACAAGGAGACACACAGGAAAAAAUAAGGAAUUGCAGUGGAAAAGUGAUCACAAGGGAUGAAGGAGUCCAUUAUUACUGGGGGGAAAAAAUGUAAUUGGUGACCAGACUACACCUGGCAAUGGGUUUCACUACUGUAUCAUACCACUGUAGUUUUUCACCUGCUCUCAAGUCAGAACCCCUCCAAGAUUUUGAAUGAACCACAGAAUUACCAAAGCAGGACUGAAAACCAAGUCAUAUGCUCCUUAACCUAAGACCAGAAACGUAAUUCUUCGUUGGCAAACAAGAUUCCUUUCUGCUGGUGGGUGAAUGAGUAACUGAAGGCAAGGGUAGUUACGCUACUUGCCCUAAUCAUUGGAUUAGUGGUCGCAACUGGAAUCAGAACCAAGAUUUAACAUUGUUAGGGUUUUUUAAUUUGUUCCAUUUACACUUGAUUUGCACCCUAACUCCACUGAAAACAGAAAAGCGUGUAGUGGAAUUUCUAAAUCUACACCUCUGGAGAGUUUUAAGAGUUGCAAAUGUCCAGGUGGGCUGCUAAUGUGUGAAGGGUGCCGCCCAGAUAAUUCAGCGGGAUAAAACCUGGGAGUUGAGCAGAAAAGAUAAAACAUGGAUUUUUAGUUUUACGUGGGCGUGUCCACUACAGGAAGAGAGUGAAAGCAAAAGAGAAUUGAGGGCUACGGGAAGGAGGGGCGUCCUAAAGAAGCAUAGAGUGUGGUUAUGGUGGGUAGAAAAGGGAUUCCAGGACACCAAAGGCGCAGGGACGAGCCGAACAGAGCUCCCAAGUACCGGCAGACGCUGGGCCGGCGACUCCCAAGUGGGAAGGGCGAGCGCGCACUACAAAUCCCAGAAGCUCCCGCUUCCUGGAGCCCACGCCGCGCCGCGCAACGCCUGCCGGGAGUCGGUCGGAACCGCCAACAUGUCGCAGCCCAAGAGAAGAAAACUUGAGUCGGGGGGCGGUGGCGAAUUAGGGGAGGGAACUGAAGAGAAACAUGGCGGAGAGCGGGCGGCAGCUCUGCUGCGACCCCGGAGGACAAGGCGGGAGCGCGACCAGCUGUACUACGAGUGCUACUCGGACAUAUCGGUCCACGAGGAGAUGAUUGCGGACCGCGUCCGCACAGAUGCCUACCGCCUGGGCAUCCUGCGUAACUGGGCAGCGCUGAGGGGCAAGACCGUGCUGGACGUGGGCGCGGGCACCGGCAUUCUUAGCAUCUUCUGUGCCCAGGCCGGGGCCCGGCGCGUGUACGCGGUGGAGGCCAGCGCCAUCUGGCAACAGGCCCGGGAGGUGGUGCGGCUCAACGGGCUGGAAGACCGAGUGCACGUCCUGCCUGGGCCGGUGGAAACGGUGGAGUUGCCGGAGCAGGUGGAUGUCAUCGUGAGCGAGUGGAUGGGCUACGGACUCUUGCACGAGUCCAUGCUGAGCUCUGUGCUCCACGCGCGGUCCAAGUGGCUGAAGGAGGGCGGUCUUCUCCUGCCGGCUUCCGCCGAGCUCUUCGUGGCGCCCAUCAGCGACCAAAUGCUGGAGCUGCGCUUAGGCUUCUGGAGCCAGAUGAAGCAGCUCUACGGUGUGGACAUGAGCUGCCUGGAGAGUUUCGCCACGCGCUGCAUCAUGGGCCACUCGGAAAUCGUGGUGCAGGACCUGUCCGGCGAGGAUGUGCUGGCCCGGCCGCAGCGCUUUGCUCAGCUGGAGCUGGCCCGCGCCGGCCUGGAGCAGGAGCUGGAGGCCGGGGUGGGUGGGCGCUUCCGCUUCAGCUGCUACGGCUCGGCCCCCAUGCACGGCUUUGCCAUCUGGUUCCAGGUGACCUUCCCCGAAGGGGACUCGGACAAACCCCUGGUGCUGUCCACCUCGCCUUUUCAGCCGGUCACGCACUGGAAGCAGGCACUUCUCUACCUGAACGAGCCUGUGCCAGUGGAGCAAGAUACGGACAUUUCCGGAGAGAUCACGCUGCUGCCCUCCCGGGACAACCAUCGUCUCCUGCGGGUGCAGCUGCGCUACAAAGUGGGCGACCAGGAGGAAAAGACCAAAGACUUUGCCAUGGAGGACUGAGCGUUAACCUUUUCUCCCAGCCACCUCCUAAGGCAGCCAGACCUGCGUGGUAGAGGCGGAGGGGGCUCGGAGGAGAAAGGGAGAUCCCACCUGCAAGUAGGGGGCACUAUCUUCUGUCUCCCUUUUGCUUCGUGGCUCCUGGGGAGGGAGAGAGUGACUUCAGUCUCCCUUGGAGGAGAUUCUUCUGGCGAUAUUUAUUAAAAAAGUGAUCCCGCGGCCCCAAAGAUGGAAACAGUGUGUUUAUUAAUAGGCUUUUAAGCCUCAAAAGCAUGUGGUACAAAGCACUUCUAUUUCUUUUUUUUUUCUUUGUUUCACGGAAAAAAAGAAAACACGGAAAAAAAUGUCCGUUGGUGAAGGUUCCAUGCACAUCCCUGACACCUCACACCUUAUCUAAGUCACAAGCCAGGAAGAAGGGUAUUGUUUGACAGUAUCAACAUGGCAGUAUAUGACAAGCAAUGUAUGACACUGGAUACCAGAUGAUCCAAAGGAAGCCCAAGCCUUUUGGCGUGAGGACACUUCCAGAAGGAUGAGAGUGUGAGAUGCGUCAACAUCCAGGCACUGUCCAAUCUCUGUAUGAACUGGUACUGAUUGCUUAGGGGCACCUGGCCAUGGAAAGGAACUACCAGUCUUAAGGAGAGAAACACAUGGGGAAGUUCUACCUGCUUUACGCAAAUAGCUGACAUUUAUUUAGCACUGUGAAACUUUCCAAAUAUUUCCAUUCAUUCACUGGACCAAUGGACAUUUUAUUGAGUCUACAAUCUAACAGUCACUGUGAUAAGCACUUAGGAUACAAACCAAUAAGACAUAGUUUCUGCCUCCAAGUAGGUAUGUCCAUAGGCUAAACCGGAAAGUAAAAUAAAUAAUGAUGGGAUGACACCAGUUGUUAGGGAGGGCAGGUAAUUAGGAAAAAUGACACAGAUACUAAAGAAUUCAUCCGGGGUUACAUAGCUAAUUUUUGACAAUUGAACACAAGUCUUUCAAUUCCUUAUCCCAAACAAAACAGAAAUCACUUUUAAUUAUAUUAACCUUGCGUGCUUUAAUUAGAAAAGAAAAAAGUUCAUACCUCUGGAGUGGGUGACAACAGUUUUUAUCUUUCGAUUAACUAAGGGAAAAGUCCUUAGUUUAAGGAAGUCUCAUCGGAGAUCCAAUAGACCUGAAAGAGCCACCUUCAGUAUAUAGUAUCUCAAGAUUGACAGAUAGUAAGCACUCACUGAAAUACCCCCUGUACCUAUUUCCCUAACAGAGGUAAUCAAAUGUGGCACUCUUUCUGAGGGCCUCAGGAAACUGAAUCCCCAACACUAACAAAAGUAGAUCAACUCUGCCAUUCUGGCUAUAGUGCUGGAAAGCAGAGAGGCAUCCGAUGAGGCAUUCAUUCAUUUAAUUAUUUAAUAGACACCAACUAUGUAACAAAUUCUAUGAUAAAUAAGCAAAUCCUAACCUCAAAGAACUGGGAUACAGUAGGGGAAUAAAAUUACCUGCAUUGAUAAUUUGCAUACAUUCUGUAGCCUGGAAAAAUUUCAUUCCAAAUAAUUUUACCUCUGCUAAAGCAGGGUUGGGAAGCCAGGCCUCCUACCAAUUCCAUUCUUAAAUUCCAUUCCAUUCUUAAAUUCUCCCAGGUGCAAAAAUAAUAUUACUUAUCACAUUAUGAGAUCUCAGAGAAAAAUUCCUGUAUGGUCUUAGUUCCGAAAAUAAAUCUAUGUCCUCUAAAUAACUGGUUUAUUUCAGCUAAUGGACACAGUAUAUUAGGUAGAUGAUUCUUCUCACAUUGGUUAUUAGAAAGUUGAGCCAAAUUUAUGGUUCACUUGGGCUCUUUUUUUAGCUUUAUACCUGGCUCCAUUUCCAUACCCCAUUUUUUUUUCUUGAUUUAUCUCUCACUUAUAAUAAAUAUUGCAUGUUUUGUUGGAAUUUAUGUAUCUUCGUUCUAAUACUAUGACAUUAAAAUAUGUUCCUACUUUCUGGGAUACCUGCAGAAGUUCUGAGGGCAAAGAUGUUUGAGAAAGGGCCAGAGGGUUCUGAGAUAUGCCCCCUUUAUUUCCUAUGAAAUUUGGUAUCCCACAUUGUUAAUAUGGAUGGAUAGCUGAUUGGAUCCCAUCCUUGUAGCUAACCUACAGCAUUUUAUAUUUUGUAGAAUCAAGAUUUCUGAAUGUGUGAAAAACUCUGAGACGUGUAGACAACCUUGAGGAAAACUUGAAAGUUGUGCACCUCUUUCUAAACCCAGACUAGGCCCUGAUUGAAUCUUAAACACAACAGUAAAGAGAAUUGAAGAUUGCCAAACCUCUCCCCCAAAAUGUGUCAGAAUAGUUUAAAGUAAUGAUAAAGAGGAAGAUUAUAUAAUGAGACCAUUUCUUAAAAUAUCAUAGAUGCUUGUAGAGAA